AGGCCAAGCGGAAGUUGGACUUUCCUGGGCAGGAAAUUGUCAGCAGUGUUUUUGUUGCUAGUGGGGUCUGUUGUGAAAAUGGCGACGCCUCGUCGCACCUCUCAGCAGCAGCAACCAAACUCCCUGCUGUCCUCCCCGCCCCGCGGCUCCUCUCUACCCGUCACCCCGCCUGGCUCUCCGCCGGCACCCACCGACGAUGCCAACCCGCUUCCCCGCAGAGGCGCGGUGGAGAACGCGGCUGACGGUGAGGUAGCCCCUGCCUCUCCCACCACCACCUCCCCUGCUCCGGCCCUCGCCAGCAGCAGCAGCAGCAGCAGCAGCAGCUCCACCACCACUAGCAGCAGCGCUAGCUCUCCGACCACCACCGAGGGUAGCGGUACCAGCCCCGGCUCUACGCCCGACUCGGGCAGCGGUAACCCGGGCAGCAGCAGCAGCAGCAGCAGCAGCAGUGGCAGCGCAAACGGGGCUUUCAGGGAGCUGUUUGAAGCAUGUCGAAACGGGGAUGUUUCGAGGGUGAAGAAACUCGUCGAUGCUGUGAAUGUGAACGCUAAAGACAUGGCAGGACGUAAAUCGACACCGCUGCAUUUUGCUGCAGGUUUUGGCCGGAAAGAUGUGGUGGACCACCUGCUUCAGACAGGCGCUAAUGUGCACGCACGGGAUGACGGGGGUCUGAUCCCGCUUCACAACGCCUGCUCAUUUGGUCACUCCGAGGUGGUGUCCUUGUUGCUGUGUCAGGGGGCUGACCCCAAUGCUCGAGACAACUGGAACUACACGCCACUCCAUGAAGCUGCCAUCAAGGGCAAGAUAGACGUCUGUAUUGUGCUACUGCAGCAUGGAGCCGACCCCAACAUCCGCAACACCGACGGCAAGUCUGCCCUGGACCUGGCUGAACCCUCCGCAAAGGCCGUGCUCACAGGUGAAUACAAGAAGGAUGAGCUUCUGGAGGCAGCGAGGAGUGGAAACGAGGAGAAGCUAAUGGCCUUGCUUACUCCGCUCAACGUAAACUGCCACGCGAGCGACGGCCGCAAGUCCACUCCACUCCACCUGGCAGCAGGAUACAACAGGGUGAGGAUAGUUCAGCUGUUACUACAACAUGGAGCAGAUGUUCACGCCAAGGACAAGGGUGGUCUGGUGCCUCUGCAUAAUGCCUGCUCCUAUGGACACUAUGAAGUUACUGAGCUGCUGCUAAAGCAUGGAGCGUGUGUGAACGCUAUGGAUCUGUGGCAGUUCACCCCCCUCCAUGAAGCAGCGUCUAAAAACAGAGUGGAGGUCUGCUCUCUGCUGCUGAGCCAUGGGGCUGAUCCGACCCUGCUCAACUGCCACAGCAAGAGCUCUGUGGACAUGGCGCCCACUCCUGAGCUGAAGGAGAGACUUACGUAUGAGUUUAAGGGCCACUCGCUGCUUCAGGCUGCUCGGGAAGCUGACAUGGCCAAGGCUAAGAAGACCCUGGCACUGGAGAUCAUCAACUUCAAACACCCUCACACACACGAGACUGCACUGCACUGUGCAGUAGCAUCACCACACCCUAAGAGGAAACAGGUGACGGAGCUGCUGUUGAGGAAAGGCGCCAACGUAAAUGAGAAGAAUAAAGAUUUCAUGACUCCUCUCCAUGUGGCAGCAGAACGUGCUCAUAAUGACAUUAUGGAGGUGCUACAGAAACAUGGUGCCAAGGUGAACGCCCUAGACACGCUGGGCCAGACGGCGUUGCACCGCGCGGCGAUGGCAGGCCACCUUCAGACCUGCAGGCUGUUGCUAGGAUACGGGGCAGACGCCUCGCUGGUGUCGCUGCAAGGCUUCACUGCUGCUCAAAUGGGAAAUGAAGCUGUUCAGCAAAUACUCAACGAGAACGUCCCGGUAAGAAACUCAGACGUGGACUACAGACUUCUGGAAGCUGCUAAAGCCGGAGACCUGGACACUGUCAAGUCGUUGUGUACGGCCCAGAAUGUGAAUUGUAGAGAUCUAGAGGGACGACACUCCACGCCCCUUCACUUUGCUGCUGGCUACAACAGAGUGUCAGUGGUGGAGUACCUGCUGCACCACGGGGCCGACGUGCACGCCAAGGACAAAGGUGGUCUGGUUCCCCUCCAUAACGCCUGUUCAUACGGUCACUAUGAGGUGGCCGAGCUGCUGGUCAGACACGGAGCCUCGGUCAACGUGGCCGACUUGUGGAAGUUCACGCCGCUCCAUGAAGCCGCUGCCAAGGGCAAAUACGAGAUCUGCAAACUGCUUCUCAAGCACGGGGCGGACCCCACCAAGAAGAACCGAGACGGGAACACGCCUCUGGACCUGGUGAAGGACGGGGACACCGACAUCCAGGACCUGCUGAGAGGAGACGCCGCGCUGCUGGAUGCCGCAAAGAAAGGCUGCCUGGCCAGGGUGCAGAAAUUAUGCAGUCCCGACAAUAUUAAUUGUCGGGAUACACAGGGACGCAACUCAACACCUCUGCACCUUGCAGCUGGCUAUAACAACUUGGAGGUAGCAGAGUAUCUGUUGGAACACGGAGCCGACGUGAAUGCUCAGGACAAAGGAGGGCUGAUACCUUUACACAAUGCUGCUUCGUACGGGCACGUGGACAUAGCCGCUCUGCUGAUCAAGUACAACACGUGCGUCAAUGCCACAGACAAGUGGGCAUUCACGCCCCUCCACGAAGCAGCCCAAAAGGGGCGGACUCAGCUCUGCGCUCUGCUAUUGGCCCAUGGAGCCGAUCCCACAAUGAAGAACCAGGAGGGACAGACGCCACUCGACUUGGCAACGGCUGAUGACAUCAGAGCAUUGUUGAUUGAUGCCAUGCCGCCAGAUGCCCUGCCAAGCUGUUUAAAACCCCAGGCCACUGUGGUGAGUGCAAGUGUGGUGAGUUCAAGCGUGGUUAGUGCAGGUGCAGCAGGGGGCGUGGUCAUCUCUCCCUCUCCAUCCCCGUCCUGCCUGUCUGCAGCCAGCAGCAUAGACAACCUGACUACGCCCCUCAGUGACAUCACUGUGGGUGGGGCCACUGGUCCAGCAGACGGAGCAUCUGGGUCUGAAAGGAAGGAAGGAGAAACUCUGCUCGACAUGACCAUCAACCAGUUUUUGAAGAGUGUAGGGCUGGAACACCUCCGGGACAUCUUCCAGAGGGAACAGAUUUCGCUGGAUGUGCUGGCAGACAUGGGUCACGAAGAGCUGAAAGAGAUCGGCAUCAAUGCUUACGGUCACAGACAUAAACUCAUCAAGGGCAUCGAGAGACUGCUGGGUGGCCAGCAAGGUGCAAACCCAUACUUGACAUUCCACUGCUCCAGUCAGGGCACCGUGCUGAUCGACCUGGCACCAGACGACAAGGAGUUCCAGUCUGUAGAGGAGGAACUACAGAGCACCAUCAGAGAACACCGUGAUGGAGGCAACGCAGGUGGAGUCUUCAGCCGGUACAACAUCAUUAAGAUUCAGAAAGUGGUGAAUAAGAAGCUACGGGAGAGAUAUGCACACAGACAAAAGGAAAUUGCAGACGAGAAUCACAACCAUCACAAUGAGCGGAUGCUCUUUCACGGUUCACCCUUCAUCAAUGCCAUCAUCCAUAAGGGCUUUGACGAGCGACAUGCCUACAUUGGCGGCAUGUUUGGCGCCGGGAUCUAUUUUGCAGAGAACUCCUCAAAAAGCAACCAGUACGUUUAUGGGAUAGGUGGAGGCACGGGAUGUCCCACCCACAAAGACCGCUCCUGCUACGUGUGCCACAGGCAGAUGCUGUUCUGCAGAGUGACGCUGGGUAAGUCGUUUCUUCAGUUCAGUGCGAUGAAAAUGGCCCAUGCCCCCCCUGGACACCACUCUGUUAUAGGAAGACCCAGCGUCAACGGACUGGCGUAUGCAGAGUACGUCAUCUACAGAGGGGAGCAGGCUUACCCGGAAUACCUGAUCACCUACCAGAUUGUGAAGCCGGAGAGUCUGGCCACGCCUGCUGCCACCCCCGAGCAGAAGUCCUAAAACACAGUCACAGCUGGAUCCGAAGAAGGCCAGAAUGCAAUAUCUAAGAGAAUUGAACUCUUUAAGGUGUUUCGAACCUCAGACCCAGAAUGAAAGUCUCCAGAGCUGAACUUGAGGUGGGUGUGGUGAAUUGUUGACCGUCGUCAGACGACCCUCGGGAACAAGACGUAGAUGUGUCUGGACAGAAGAAGAAGAGGAUGAAGCGGCAGUGACUUUUAGUUUUGGGGGUACAAUACAUGUUCAGCCCAAAGAAGCAGAGAGCAAAAACGCAUCAGAUUCUUUAAUUAGGUCUAAUCUUGCAGGGGGAGAAGAAAAUGGUUUGAUCAACAUUUCUGGAAGUGUACCAGUGAGAUAAUGUUUAAAAUGUGCAAUCCUCUGGCUGAAAUUAUUAAGAAACCAAUUAGAACGGGACACAGUCCAAAGCAAAAAAAAAAAAUGCAUCCCUGAUUUUGCACCUAUGCACUGCUCAUGUAUUCUACUCCCAGUUUUUAAUUUGUUGUUUUGAUAUUGUGCAUCAUCCAG